AUGAGUAUAGAAGGAUUGAAACAAAUUAAAUUACUUUUAAUUGGAGAAACAGGUGAUGGUAAAAGUUCAUUAGGUAAUUUUAUUCUUAAAAAGGAUGUUUUUAGUGUAAGUAAUAGUCCAAAUUCAGUUACAAAAGAGGCUGUUGGAUAUUUUGGAGAAGUUGAUAGAAGUGAUGUAUUUGUUGUUGAUACUCCUGGUCUUAAUGAUUCUAAGAAUUUUGAUAAUAAAAAUAUUCAAAAUAUUAUUGAUUGUGUUAAAAACACAGGAUUACAAGGAAUUGUAUUAACAAUGGAUUUUAACAAUUUUAGAUUGUCUCAUAAUCUUAAACAAGUUGUUAAAGUUAUAUCUGAUGUUUUCAAUUUAAAAGACAUUUGGAAACGUGUAUGUAUUGUAUGGACUAGAUGUUAUAAUUACCUACCACAAAAGAUAAUUGAAAAAUAUAAAAUUGAGAAAGAGAAAUUCAAAGAAGAAAUGAUUGAAUUUAUGAAACAAACACAUGGAAUAAAUGAAAAUAUUGAUAUUCCAAUGUUUUUUGUAGAUUCACAACCAGAUGAAGAUGAUGAUAACAUCAGGUCAGAAAAAGAAAUAGAAAAGUUAAUCAAAUGGGCAAGAGGAUUACCAUCAAUUGAUAAAGAAGAAAUCAAUAAAUUAAUAGGUGAAUUUAAAGAAAUUGGAUAUGAAGAAAAAGAAGAAGAUGAAAUAAUAGAAAAAACAAAAGAUACUAUAACAUAUAAAAUAACAAAAUAUAGAAGACCUAAGAAAGUAAAGUAUAAUGGAGAAAUUAUUUAUGGUGAAAUUAAUGAAAUCAGCAGUGAAAUAAGAACAGAAAAAAAAUAUAAUAAAGAACCAUCAGACUGUGUAGUGAUGUAA